GGGACUCUUAAAAUAAGAGCAGAAAGCAGCAGAAAAAGUCACUUAGAAGCUCUUUCAUAUCAACCAGAGUGACAGAUCCACAGGAAGCGGCAGACAGAGAGCGUAUUGUGGGUCAUUUUCAGAGGGCAGAAGAAUAAUACACUCCUGUGCUCCUGUUAUCUCACAGUCAGUCCGCUCCCACAGGAACAGCUUCCAUCACCACAGUGAAGGUAAAGACGCUGAGCAGUGGCCCAGCCUCAGAGCACAUCCUUGGAUUUCUCCUGUGAAAGGUUCAACAAUCAGAAGCAAAGAUGGGGUGUUUUGGAUUCCUCAAAGUCAUGAUGUUUGUUUUCAAUGGCAUUAUCUUUUUGGCGGGUGCUGCCGUCCUGGGUGUUGGGAUCUGGGUGAAGGUGGACAGCGGCUCCAUCCUCGGCUUCCUUGGGAAAAUUGAGAACGCGCCGUCAGAGCUCAGUCAGGUGCUCAACGUGGGCUACCUGUUGAUUGCAAUAGGAGCGCUGCUGGUCAUCAUAGGCUUUCUAGGCUGCUGCGGAGCUGUCAAAGAGAGCAAGUGUAUGCUGCUGCUGUUUUUUAUCAUAGUCUUGCUGGUCUUCAUAGCGGAGGUUGCGGGAGCAGUUGUGAUCUUGGUUUUCAGACCCUUGGCAGAUGAGUUGAUCCAGAAGCUUGGCAAAGCAGCAGUUCAGAACAUCAAGUCAGACUAUGGGAGUAAUCCAGACGUCACAGGACUGUGGAACACUACGAUGAGCUCGUUAAAAUGUUGUGGAUUCUACAACGCCUCCGACUUCAUAGACUCUCCAUAUUAUGUGAGUCAUGAAGAGCAAUACCCACCACAGUGCUGCCCGGGCGGUAACUCCUCAUGUACUCAGGCAAUGGCCGACAGUGUCACGUCAAUCACUGGUUGCUUCCCAAAGAUCAAGAAGCUGAUCGACGACAACACGGUGGUUAUUGUGGCAGUGGCGCUGGGGAUUGCAGCUCUGGAGGUAUGUGCCAUGGUCGUCUCCAUGAUCCUUUUCUGCAGAGUAAAAUCAAUGAGUGCCUAACUACAAAUUGCGAAGACCUUAGAAGGAUUAUUUUAAUCACUGGAGCCUUUCCGCUUCCUGUAUCUCCUCUAGAGGAGUGAAGGGCUGUGCCUUUGUCUUGCAUAAAUGCCUCAUCACCAAAGACGGUUAAUGUCCAAUCUUGUGCAAUCAGAAUUACUGAAUGACAUAACAUCUAUUUUUACUACAUUUAAAUCUAUCUAAUAGAUAUAUAGAUGUAUAUGAACAUAUACUAUAUUUCUUAAGACAACUACACUUUACAAAACAGACUACACAAACCAGAGAUUGUUUUCAAUGUCAAGCAGUGCUACUACCUGUGACACAUGGCCAGUCAAUGAGGAAUUACGUGAUAACUGCGUUUACUGUGAUAAUGAAACAAAGGCUGGUCUGUUGGGCACAGGAACCACUAUUGUGAGUGUUGUUGCCAAAAGGCCGCUUAUAAAAUAGCAACGGAAGUGAUGCGUUAUUUCUAUGUUUGUUGUAUGGUGAUCAAUUUUGAAAUAAAAUGCAAAAUGUUUCUAGA